GCUCUGGAGACCGUGUGGUAGGCUAGCCCUCCAACCUGGGCAUUCUCUCUCCUCGCCAAACCUUUGUUGUUAAUCUUGAGGGAUUUGGGGUGAAAGAAGACAAGGGUCGGACAUACCUUUCAUGACAGGCGGACAGUUUUGGCAGCUUUUUUGUCCAGCUGAAAGUGGUAUUUUUGUAAGGAUACUGAGAGGGCAUUGUGAGGAAAGAGAUUUUCCCAGAAUACAGCUGAGCAGGCUUAAGCCCUAGGGACAACCUAGAUACGGACAAAGGGAAAGCCAACCACUAUCAGAAGUGGUUGAAGCCACCCCUUCUGACGAACCAUGGGAGACAAGUCUGGGAGCAAAGUAGCUGCUGCAAAGAACCAGAUCCAUCUCCGGGUAGUGAAGGGGCUGGAGGAUGUGGAUGUGCAUGAGAGGGAGGGCUGCACGUUCGAGGUGACCCUCAACCUGUCCUACAUAGCGGGCACGUGGACCAAGGACGGGGUCAGGCUCCAAGCCAAGCCCACCUGUCACAUCGCUGCCCAUAAGAAUAAACACACUCUCACCUUCACCCGGGUCACCGUAGGAGACACUGGCCUGUUUUCCUUCCAGACUGACGGGAGCCAAAACUGGAUCCAAACCUCAGGCCAACUCACUGUCAUAGCCAGAGACAUACAGAUUGUGAAGGAGUUGGAAGACGAGGAAGUGACUGAGAGGCAGAGCGUGACCUUCCUGUGCGAGGUCAACUGUGAGGACGUGGACGGGCGUUGGUACACCGACAACACCAGGAUCAAACACGGAGACAACGUCAAGAUCAGGCACGAGGGUAAAACUCACACCAUGUGCUUCAAGUCUGUAAGGCCAGCAAAUGCUGGGGAGAUCAAAUUCACUGCAGACAGGGUCUCCUGCUAUGCAACUCUCACGGUAAAAGAGCUGCCUGUGCAGAUAGUGAAGCCUCUGAGAGUGAAGAUUGCUAUGUACAAACACAAAGGACUGCUGGAGUGCCAGGUGUCCAGGGCCAACGCCCUGGUCAGGUGGUUCAAGAACAGGAGUGAGAUCCAACCCAGCAAGAAGCACCAGAUUGUUAGCGACGAUGUCUACAGGCAGCUGCACAUUGAUGACGUGGCCUCGUCAGACGAGGACACCUACACCUGUGAUGCUGGCGAUGACAAGACCUCAUGCCAACUACUUGUGGAGGAGCAGGCGAUCAGCAUAGUGCAGGGGCUGAGGUCUGUGGAGGUGACCGAGCCCAGGGAGGCCAUGUUCCAGGUGGAGACCAGCCUGAGGGUAGGGAGGCCCCCAAAGUGGACCCUGGACGGAGAGGUCCUGAUGGACGGGCCUGAACUGAGCAUAGACCGGCAGGGCACCGUGCACACCCUCUGCUUCAUCAGCACGGACAGCUCUAUGACUGGCUCUGUGCAGUUCAACGCCGGGAAGAGCCGCUCCACCGCACAGCUCACCGUGAAGGAACGCCCUCUGAAAGUGGUCCAGCCCAUGCCAGACGUGGAGGCUAAAGAGAACAGCUCAGUCACACUGAGGUGUCAGUUUGCCCCCUCCCCCAGGGUGGUGCGCUGGUACAGGGGCCGCACUGCCCUGCAGACAUCCAGCAAGUACAGCAUGAGGACGGAGAAGAGCCAGGCAGAGCUGACCAUCUUGGGCCUCAAGGAGACCGACACUGGCCAGUACAGCUGCGUGGCUGGAGGGUCAAAGAGCACAGCCAAGGUCGAUGUGCGAAGGCUGAAGAUCGUAAGGCACCUGGAGCACGUGAAGGUGGAAGAGGAUAGCAACGCCACAUUCACAUGUGAACUCAACUACGUAGUAGCCAAUGUGCAGUGGCUUCUGAACGACAACCACCUCAACACCAACACUGUUACCAGGAUUCAGAACAUGGGCACCAUUCACAGCCUCACCAUCAAAAAUCUCCACCCACAGGAGAGCAGGGUGACCUUCAAGGCUGGCCUUCUCACAGAGUCCACCUCCCUCAAGGUCAAAGAAAAGCCAGCAGUGUUCCUCAGGUCUCUAGAAGACAUGUCAGGGGAGGAGGAGGGGAAGGUGUGUCUGCAGUGUGAGACCUCUAAGGAAAUGGCCACCCCCGUCUGGAGGAAGGAUGGUUCGGUCCUGGACAGCAGUGACAAAUAUGAGCUGCUCAUGUUUGGGAAGUCCUUAACGCUCAUCAUCCAUAGUCUGAGUAAGGAUGAUGCAGGCCACUACAGCUGUGACUUGGGCACCAGCCAGACCAAGGCCAAGGUCACUGUACAUGACAUUCACAUCACCAUCGCCCAGCGUAUGAAGACCGUCUCUGUUCUGGAGGGCGAGAGCUGCAGUUUCGAGUGCAUCCUCUCUCACGAUGUCAUCGACGAGCCCUCCUGGACCCUGAACGGUCAACUUGUGAUCAGCAACAGCCGCAUCCAGAUCGUAAACAAGGGUCGCAAAUACAAGAUGACCAUCAGAGACGCAACUGUUACUGAAGCCGGGGAAGUAAUCUUCUUCGUCAAAGACCUCAGCUGCAGGACCAUGCUGUUUGUCAAAGAGAAGCCAGUGCAUGUGUUCAGGGACAUGAUGAGCGUUAAAGCCACCCCAGGGGAGAACGCUGAGCUGAGCUGUGAGAUCACCAAGCCUGAGGCCUUCAUCCGCUGGCUGAAGAAUGGCCAUCAGAUCAGGCACAGCCCCCCCAAGUACGAGAUCAGUGUGGAGGACCACCUGGUACGGCUGGUUAUCACGAACACCUGCAUCAGAGACUCUGGGGAGUACUGCUGCGAGGCUGACGGCAUUGCCACCCGGGCCAAGCUGGAGGUCAGAGAGCUGCAGCACACAUUUGCUCGGGAGCUGCGGGACACACGGGCCGAGGAGAAGAGCAAGGUGAUGCUGGAGUGCGAGACGAGACUGCCGGCCAAGCGGGUGACCUGGCUGAAGGGCAUGGCAGAGCUCCGGGCGGGCAGGAAGUAUGUGAUGAAGCAGAAGGGCGUGGUCCUCUACCUCACCAUCAGCUGCCUGGAGAAGGUUGACACCGACGUGUACACCUGCGAUGUUGGCACCAUGCAGAGCCGGGCGCUACUGACCGUGCAUGGUCAGAAGGUGUUGAUCAUGGACGAGCUGGAGGAUGUUGAGUGUCUGGAGAAUGACACGGUGAUGUUCAGGUGUCGUAUCUGUCCCAGCGAUUAUGUUGGGGUCAAGUGGUACCUGGAUGAGACCUUACUGUACACCAAUGAGCUGAAUGAGAUCCAAGUGAUCCCGGGGGGCUACCACAGCCUCACGUUCAAACAACUGGCUCGUAAAGACUCGGGCACCAUCUCCUUUGAGGCAGGCGACAAGAGGUCCUACGCCUCGCUGCUUGUUAGAGAGAGACGUCCCACCAUCACCAAAGCAUUGGAGGACUGUGAGGCCAUUGAGGGAGGCGGUUUGGUGCUGGUGUGUAUCACCUCUAAGCCAUGCCACAUCCUAUGGUACAAAGAUGGCUGCCUAAUGUGGAUUUCCUCGAGGUACCACGUCAGUCGCUCAGGUAACGAGGCCAGGCUGACCAUCAGGGAGGUCAGUAACAGCGAUGCUGGGGUGUACGAGUGCAGCGCUGGGUCGGUCAGCACCAAGGCCGUCGUCACUGUAAAAGCCAUUCCAGCUGAGUUCACCCAGCCGCUGCAGAGCAUGGAGGUAAAGGAGGGGGAGGAUGUGACCCUUUCCUGUGAGUUCUCCCUGCCGGGGGUUGCGUUCCACUGGAGGAGGGGCUUGGAGACCCUCAGAGCUGGAGAGAGGUACCUGAUGAAGCAGAAGAGGUCCUUCAUCUCUUUGACCAUCACUGGCCCGAAGCCUCAGGACUCAGGAGAUUACACCUGUCAGUGCCGAGACCACAGAACCACAGCCAGCCUCACAGUCCACGCCAUCCCCAUCUCCUUCACACAACAGUUGAAAAAUGUUCAGGCCGAGGAGGGCAACAGUUUAACGUUGCGCUGUGAGCUUUCUAAACCAGGAGUCCCUGUGGAGUGGAGGAAAGGGGAGGAGCUGUUAAAGAAUGGGGUGAAGUUUCAGAUAAGGAAGAGAGAGACCAUAUCGGAGGUUCAGAUAUGGAAAACUGUGCCUGAAGACAGUGGAGUCUACAGCUGUGAGUGUGCAGACCAAAAGACCACAGCCACCGUCAAAAUCAGCGCCCUGCCUGUUACCUUCAAACAAAAGCUGAGGAAUGUGCAUGUUGAAGAGGGGAACAAUUUGGUGUUACACUGUGAGCUCUCUAAACCAGGAGUCCCUGUAGAAUGGAUGAGGGGAGGAGAGGAGCUGCUGAACAACGGAGAGCGGUUUCAGAUAAGACAGAGAGAGUUGGUGAAUGAACUGAAGAUAAUAGAUGCCAAACCUGAAGACAGCAAUAUCUACACCUGUGUUUGUGGCAAUGUGGAAACCACAGCCGGUGUUACAGUCACAGCAAUUCCCAUCACUUUCAAGCAAAAGCUGAAGAACCUGCAGACUGAGGAAGGGAACACCAUCUCGCUGCACUGUGAGCUGUCUAAAGCAGGGGUGCCAGUGGAGUGGAGAUUGGGAGGAGAGAGGAUACUGCAGAAUGGAGACAAAUACCAGAUCAAGCAGACAGACUCAGCACUGGAACUCCUCAUCAGGGAGGCUCUGCCAGAGGACAGUGGAGUCUACAGCUGUGUGUGUCGGGACAAGAAGACCAAGGCCACUGUCAAAGUCAUUGCUGUACCUGCCACCUUCAAAGUGGGUCUGAAGAACCAGGAGGCCCCAGAGGAGGGCAGCAUAACCCUGCACUGUGAGCUGUCUAAGGCUGGGGUCUCAGUGGAGUGGUGGAGGGGGGAGACAGAACUGUCCCAAGACCUGUCUGGAGGAAAGUACCAGAUGAAACUGGAGGGGAAAAUAGCUGAGAUGACCAUUACCAACGUGCAACCGGAGGACAUAGGGAAGUACAGCUGUGUCACUGGAGACCAGAAGACCACCGCUGAAGUUAAAGUGCAGGCUCUCCCUGUAAUGUUCACACAAGAGGUCCAGAACGUGGUGAUCAAAGAGGGGGACAGUGGGGAGUUCUGGUGUGAGCUCUCCAAACCUGGUGACCCAGUGGACUGGAGGAGGGGCAGAGUCAUCCUGAAGUCUGGAGACAAAUAUGAGAUGAGGCAGGAGGGACGCAUCACUAAACUGCUCAUCCAUAACGUGGAGGAGAGGGAUGCUGGGAAAUACACCUGUAAGAGUCGAGAUGCCAAGUCAACUGCUGAACUGACCGUAACGGGCCCACCCCCCACUUUCAAAGAACAGCUGAGGAACGUGGAAGUUGAGGAGGGUAAGACUGUGACGCUACACUGUGAACUGUCUAAAGCAGCAGCCUCAGUUGAGUGGAAGAGGGGAGCAAAGCUGUUGACGAAUGUAGCCAAGUACCAGAUGAGGAAGAAAGAUUUACUGGUGGAAUUGAAGAUUAUCGACGCAAAUCUGGAGGACAGCGGGGUUUACGCCUGUAUUUGUGGCGAACAAAAGACCACAGCAACUGUUACAAUAAAGGCUCGCCCGGUCACAUUUAUAGAAGAGUUGAGGAACGUUCAGGUUGAGGAGGGCAACACUGUGACGUUGCGCUGCGAGCUCUCCAAACCAGGGUUGUCGGUUGAAUGGAGGAGAGGAACAGCUCUUCUGCAGAACGGAGAGAAGUACCAGAUGAAGCAGAAAGAUGCAACGUUGGAGCUGGUCAUCAGGAAAACCUUGCCCGAGGACAGUGGUGUCUACAGCUGCGUGUUGGAAGACCAGCAAACCUUCGCCACCAUCAUUAUCACUGCCAUCCCAGCCACUUUCAAACAGACGUUGAAAAACCAAGAGGCUCCAGAAGAGGGCAGCGUGACGUUGCGCUGUGAGCUGUCUAAAUCGGGGGUCCCUGUGGUGUGGCUGAAGGGAGAGGAGCUGCUGAGGGAAGGUGAGCGGCACCAGAUGAAGCAGGAGGGCAGGACCGUGGAGAUGGUCAUCAGGAAUGCGGUCCUUCAGGAUGCUGGGGAGUACAGCUGUGUCACAGCCUGCAACGUCAAGACGACAGCUGAUAUCAAAGUUAGGGCUCUCCCUGUAAUGUUCACACGAGAGGCCCAGAACGUGGUGAUCAAAGAGGGGGACAGUGGGGAGUUCUGGUGUGAGCUCUCCAAGCCUGGUGACCCAGUGGACUGGAGGAGGGGCAGAGUCAUCCUGAAGUCUGGAGACAAAUAUGAGAUGAGGCAGGAGGGACGCAUCACUAAACUGCUCAUCCAUAACGUGGAGGAGAGGGAUGCUGGGAAAUACACCUGUAAGAGUCGAGAUGCCCAGUCAACUGCUGAACUGACCGUGACGGCUCCUCCCGUCACGUUCAAGGUGAAGUUGAAGAACCAGGAAGUCGAGGAGGAGAACAGUGUGACGUUAUUCUGCGAGCUCUCUAAACCAGGACUGACGGCAGAGUGGAGAAAAGGAGAGGAGCUGCUGAAGAACGGAAUAAAGUACCAGAUAAAGAAGAGAGAGGCAGCGAUGGAACUGACAAUAAGGAAUGCAGUGCUCGAGGACACCGGAUUCUACAGCUGUGUUUACGCAGAAGCCAAAACCACCGCCACUGUCAACAUCACCCCCAUUCCUGUCACCUUCAAGAUGGGUCUUAAAAACCAGGAGGCCUCAGAGGGGGGCAUCGUGACCUUGCGCUGUGAGCUGUCUAAAGCUGGGGUCCCGGUGGAGUGGUGGAAAGGGGAGGAGGAGGUGAGCCCUGGAGGAAGGUACCAGAUUAAGCUGGAGGGAAAGAUAGCAGAGUUGCACAUUAAAAACAUCCAGCCAGAGGACGUGGGGGAGUACAGCUGUAUAUUCGGAGAUCAGAAAACCACUGCUGAAGUCAACGUGAGAGCUGCUGCCUCAGUGUUCUUUGAGAAGGAGCUGGAGAGCAAUGUGGUGAUGGAGGGGAAGUCCGUGGUCCUCUCCUGUGAGGUAUCCAGUGCCACUGUCCCCGUCACCUGGAAGAAGGACGCCCGCCUGGUCACAGAUGGGGAGAGGUUCAUUGUAAAAAAGAAAGGUCCCGUUCACACCCUGGAGAUCGAGAAGCUGAGUCUGGAGGACGCCGGCGAGUACAGCUGCAUCACUAGGGGAAAGAAGACCACAGCCAUGCUGGUUGUGAAAGAGCGUGUGAAAAUAUUGUCCGGACUGAAGGACAUGAAAGUCUCAGCCGGGCAGGACGCAGUGUUUGUGUGUGAGCUGUCCCACGCCGAGGUGAGUGAAGGAGAGUGGUGGCUGGGCUCCAGCCCACUGCAGAAGAACGAAAUGAACCAGAUGAGCUUUGAGGGCCACCAACACUGCCUGGUCUUGACCAUGACCACCCCGGAGGAGACCGGGACCGUAGCCUUCGUGGUUGGGGAGGAGAGAACCUCUGCCCAACUGCUAGUUGUCCCCAAACCCAAAGUACACAUUGUGAAGAAGCCCCAGGACAUUGACAUCAUGGAAGGGGAGACAGCCACCUUAUCCUGUACGACCUCUGACCUCAUUACCCCUGUUACAUGGAGAAGGAACAACAUGCCCCUCCUGAACGGAGACAAGUAUGAGACGCAUAAGAAGGGCAAGCUCAACCUCCUGCUCAUCCAUGAGACGGAACCAGAGGACUCUGGGAUAUACUCUUGUGACACUGGAGACAUGCAGAGCGAUGCCAAUCUGACGGUCAAUGAGCUACCACCGUACUUCGAGGAGGAGCUGCAGGCUGUGGAGGCUGAGGAAGGGGGCACAGCCUUUCUGUUUUGUGAGCUGUCUAAGCUCGGAGUCCCAGUCCAGUGGAGGAAAGGCCGGCUGCCUCUCAGGCCCAACAGGAAGUACCAGAUGAAGCAGGACGGCUGCGUGUUUCAGCUACACAUCCUGGAGCUGAAGUCCGAGGACAGUGGCAACUACUCGUGCCAGGCAGGCUGUGUGGAGACCACCGCCUCUGUGUCUGUGAAAGUUAAAGUACUCAUUGAGAAGAAGCCCCGGGACACCGUCAUCAUGGAAGGGGAGACGGCGACCUUAUCCUGUACGACGUCUGACCUAACUACCCCUGUCACAUGGAGACGCAACAACAUGCCCCUACUUAACGGAGACAAGUAUGAGAACCGUAAGGAGGGCAAGCUCAACCUGCUUCUCAUCCACAAUGUGGACCCAGAUGACUCUGGCAUAUACUCCUGUGAUACUGGAGACAUGCAGAGCAGCGCCAAUCUGACUGUCACAGAGCUGGCUCCAUGCUUUGAAGAAGAGCUGCAGGCUGUGGAGGCUGAGGAAGGAGGCACGGCCUUCCUUUCAUGUGAGCUGUCUAAGCCCGGAGUCCCAGUCCAGUGGAGUAAGGGCCGGCUGCCUCUCAGGCCCAACAGGAAGUACCAGAUGAAGCAGGAUGGCUGUGUGUUUCAGCUACACAUCCUGGAGCUGAAGUCCGAGGACAGUGGCAGCUACUCGUGCCAGGCAGGCUGUGUGGAGACCACCGCCUCUGUGUCUGUGAAAGUUAAAGUACUCAUUGAGAAGAAGCCCCGGGACACCGUCGUCAUGGAAGGGGAGACUGCGACCUUAUCCUGUACGACGUCUGACCUAACUACCCCUGUCACAUGGAGACGCAACAACAUGCCCCUACUUAACGGAGACAAGUAUGAGAACCGUAAGGAGGGCAAGCUCAACCUGCUUCUCAUCCACAAUGUGGACCCAGAUGACUCUGGCAUAUACUCCUGUGAUACUGGAGACAUGCAGAGCAGCGCCAAUCUGACUGUCACAGAGCUGGCUCCAUGCUUUGAAGAAGAGCUGCAGGCUGUGGAGGCUGAGGAAGGAGGCACGGCCUUACUUUCCUGUGAGCUGUCUAAGCCUGGAGUCCCAGUCCAGUGGAGUAAGGGCCGACUGCCUCUCAGGCCCAACAGGAAGUACCAGAUGAAGCAGGAUGGCUGUGUGUUUCAGCUACACAUCCUGGAGCUGAAGUCCGAGGACAGUGGCAGCUACUCGUGCCAGGCAGGCUGUGUGGAGACCACCGCCUCUGUGUCUGUGAAAGUUAAAGUACUCAUUGAGAAGAAGCCCCGGGACACCGUCGUCAUGGAAUGGGACACGGCGACCUUAUCCUGUACGACGUCUGACCUAACUACCCCUGUCACAUGGAGACGCAACAACAUGCCCCUACUUAACGGAGACAAGUAUGAGAACCGUAAGGAGGGCAAGCUCAACCUGCUUCUCAUCCACAAUGUGGACCCAGAUGACUCUGGCAUAUACUCCUGUGAUACUGGAGACAUGCAGAGCAGCGCCAAUCUGACUGUCACAGUUAAAGUACUCAUUGAGAAGAAGCCCCGGGACACCGUCGUCAUGGAAGGGGAGACUGCGACCUUAUCCUGUACGACGUCUGACCUAACUACCCCUGUCACAUGGAGACGCAACAACAUGCCCCUACUUAACGGAGACAAGUAUGAGAACCGUAAGGAGGGCAAGCUCAACCUGCUUCUCAUCCACAAUGUGGACCCAGAUGACUCUGGCAUAUACUCCUGUGAUACUGGAGACAUGCAGAGCAGCGCCAAUCUGACUGUCACAGAGCUGGCUCCAUGCUUUGAAGAAGAGCUGCAGGCUGUGGAGGCUGAGGAAGGAGGCACGGCCUUCCUUUCAUGUGAGCUGUCUAAGCCCGGAGUCCCAGUCCAGUGGAGUAAGGGCCGGCUGCCUCUCAGGCCCAACAGGAAGUACCAGAUGAAGCAGGAUGGCUGUGUGUUUCAGCUACACAUCCUGGAGCUGAAGUCCGAGGACAGUGGCAGCUACUCGUGCCAGGCAGGCUGUGUGGAGACCACCGCCUCUGUGUCUGUGAAAGUUAAAGUACUCAUUGAGAAGAAGCCCCAUGAUACCGUCAUCAUGGAAGGAGAGACGGCGACCUUAUCCUGUACGACCUCUGACCUCACUUCCCCUGUCACAUGGAGACGCAAUAACGUUCCCCUACUGAACGGAGACAAGUAUGAGAACCGUAAGGAGGGCAAGCUCAACCUCCUUCUCAUCCACAAUGUGGACCCAGAUGACUCUGGCAUAUACUCCUGUGAUACUGGAGACAUGCAGAGCAGUGCCAAUCUGACUGUCACAGAGCUGCCUCCAUACUUUGAGGAGGAGCUCCAGGCUGUGGAGGCUGAGGAAGGGGAAACGGCCUUCCUGUCCUGUGAGCUGUCUAAGCCUGGAGUCCCAGUCCAGUGGAGGAAGGGCCGGCUGCCUCUCCGGCCCAACAGGAAGUACCAGAUGAAGCAGGACGGCUGUGUGUUUCAGCUAUACAUCCUGGAGCUGAAGUCCGACGACAGUGGCAGCUACACGUGCCAGGCAGGCUGUGUGGAGACCACCGCCUCUGUGUCUGUGAAAGUUAAAGUACUCAUUGAGAAGAAGCCUCGGGACACCGUCAUCAUGGAAGGAGAGACGGCCACCUUAUCCUGUACAACCUCUGACUUCACUACCCCUGUCACAUGGAGACGCAACAACAUGCACCUACUGAACGGAGACAAGUAUGAGAACCGUAAGGAGGGCAAGCUCAACCUGCUUCUCAUCCACAAUGUGGACCCAGAUGACUCUGGGAUAUACUCCUGUGAUACUGGAGACAUGCAGAGCAGCGCCAAUCUGACUGUCACAGAGCUGCCUCCAUACUUUGAAGAAGAGCUGCAGGCUGUGGAGGUAGAGGAAGGGGGCACAGCCUGCCUGUCCUGUGAACUGUCUAAGCCUGGAGUCCCAGUCCAGUGGAGGAAGGGCCGGCUGCCUCUCAGGCCCAACAGGAAGUACCAGUUGAAGCAGGACGGCUGUGUGUUUCAGCUACACAUCCUGGAGCUGAAGCCCGAGGACAGUGGCAGCUACACGUGCCAGGCAGGUGGUGUGAAGACCACUGCCUCUGUGGCAGUAAAGCCUCUCCCAGCCAAGACAGAACCUCCCAAGACAAAGGCUCCCACGAAGGCUGCCUCUCCCACACCUCCACCAGGGCCAAAGAAACAGGGCAUGAUCUGGGCAUCCAUUGUGGGGUCAGAGAAAGACCUGGAGCCUGAGGCAGAGACAGUGGUGGACCUACAUGAGAAACAGUCAGUAAGGUCUAUAGGUAAGGAGACUAUGGUAGACCAGCAGGAGAAACAGCAAGUCAAACAGACAGUAAGAGCUCUGGUGAGGGACACAGAGGAAAAAAAGCCAUUGGAGUCUAUGGUUAAAGAGAUUGAAGUAGACCACAUGGUGAAACAGCCAGUGCCCCCAGCGAGACGAGCAUCUAUAAUGUCAGAUACUGGAAUAGACCAAGUGGUGAAACAACCAGUUCCACUAGUGAGACAAGCAUCUAUAAUGUCAGAUACGGGGGUAGACGAGAUGAGGAAACAACCAGUUCCACCAGUGAGACGAGCAUCUAUAGUGUCGGAUGUUGGGGUAGAUGAGGUGAGGAAACAGCCAGUUCCACCAGUGAGACGAGCAUCUAUAGUGUCGGAUGUUGGGGUAGAUGAGGUGAGGAAACAGCCAGUUCCACCAGUGAGACGAGCAUCUGUAGUUUCAGUUUCGGAUACUGGGGUAGAUGAGGUGAGGAAACAGCCAGUUCCACCAGUGAGACGAGCAUCUGUAGUUUCAGUUUCGGAUACUGGGGUAGACGAGGUGAGGAAACAGCCAGUUCCACCAGCGAGACGAGCAUCUGUAGUGUCAGAUGCUGGGUUAGACGAGGUGAGGAAACAGCCAGUUCCACCAGCGAGACGAGCAUCUGUAGUGUCAGAUGCUGGGUUAGACGAGGUGAGGAAACCGCCAGUUCCACCAGCGAGACGAGCAUCUGUAGUUUCAGUUUCGGAUACUGGGGUAGACGAGGUAAGAAAACAGCCAGUUCCACCAGUCAGACGAGCGUCUGUAGUUUCAGUUUCGGAUACUGGGGUAGAUGAGGUGAGGAAACAGCCAAUUCCACCAGUGAGACAAGUGUCUGUAGUGUCAGAUGCUGGGGUAGACGAGGUGAGGAAACAGCCAGUUUCAUCAGUGAGACGAGCAUCUGUAGUGUCGGAUGCUGGGAUAGAGCAAGUGGUGAGGAAACAGCCAGUUCCACCAGUGAGACGAGCAUCUGUAGUGUCAGAUGCUGGGUUAGACGAGGUGAGGAAACAGCCAGUUCCACCAGUGAGACGAGUGUCUGUAGUUUCAGUUUCGGAUACUGGGGUAGAUGAGGUGAGGAAACAGCCAGUUCCACCAGUCAGACGAGCGUCUGUAGUUUCAGUUUCGGAUACUGGGGUAGAUGAGGUGAGGAAACAGCCAAUUCCACCAGUGAGACGAGUGUCUGUAGUGUCAGAUGCUGGGGUAGACGAGGUGAGGAAACAGCCAGUUUCAUCAGUGAGACGAGCAUCUGUAGUGUCGGAUGCUGGGAUAGAGCAAGUGGUGAGGAAACAGCCAGUUCCACCAGUGAGACGAGCAUCUGUAGUGUCAGAUGCUGGGUUAGACGAGGUGAGGAAACAGCCAGUUCCACCAGCGAGACGAAUGUCUGUAGUUUCAGUUUUGGAUACUGGGGUAGAUGAGGUGAGAAAACAGCCAGUUCCACCAGUGAGACGAGUGUCUGUAGUUUCAGUUUCGGAUACUGGGGUAGACGAGGUGAGGAAACAGCCAGUUCCACCAGUGAGACGAGUGUCUGUAGUUUCAGUUUCGGAUACUGGGGUAGACGAGGUAAGAAAACAGCCAGUUCCACCAGUGAGACGAGUGUCUGUAGUGUCAGAUGCUGGAAUAGAGCAAGUGGUGAAACAACCAGUUCCACCACUGAGACAAGCAUCUGUAGUUUCAGUUUUGGAUACUGGGGUAGAUGAGGUGAGGAAACGGCCAGUUCCACCAGUGAGACAAGCAUCUGUAGUUUCAGUUUCAGAUACUGGGGUAGAUGAGGUGAGGAAACGGCCAGUUCCACCAGUGAGACAAGCAUCUGUAGUUUCAGUUUCGGAUACUGGGGUAGAUGAGGUGAGGAAACAGCCAGUGCCACCAGCAAGACGAUCAUCUAUAGUGUCCGAUGCUGGGGUAGAUCAGAUAGUUAGAUCUAAAAAGAAGAUGGAUAUAGAAAUAGACCAAGAUAAACAGCCAGUGAAGUCUAUGGUGAAGGAGACAGAGAUAGAACAGAGGGAUCAACAGCCAGUAAGGUCUACAGUGCAGGAGACUGAAAAACCCAAGAUGGUGGAGGAUGAUAACCAACUCCAUAUCUCAGAGGAUGAGUCCUUCACAGAGGGCCACACCCAGGUAACAGUCAACCAGAAGACCAGCAAGCCUGUAGUCGCUGUUGCUGGAGUUCCCAAGGGGCUACAGAUGACUCAGCAAGUUGACGAGAUUGCACUUGACAGUGUCGAGGACGAACAUGAGAUGUUGGAAGCUGUCAUCAAGAUCCAGGCAGCUUUCAAGGGAUACAAGACCCGCAAAGACAUGCGGCCCAUCUUCAAGCAGGUGUUUAAGAACCAGAGUGCUGAGACCAAUGGUACCCUCGAGCUGGAGUGUAAGGUGGAAGGGAAGCUCAACGCAGUACGCUGGCUGAAGAACAGCCAGGAGGUCAUAGGAGACCAACGCCACCGCAUGAACACCUCAGAGGAUGGCGUCUGUACACUGGUGAUCAUCAACAUGUCUGCCAUAGACACUGGGGUCUAUACCUGUGAGGUGGUGAACACGUUUGGUGUGUCCUCAUAUAAUGGUAACAUUACUGUGGGUGAAUCUCAAAUGCCUCCAUCUUCUACCCAGAGGCCCGCAGCCCCAUCCCAGCCGUCCACCCCUUCUGUGCAUCCAGUCCUGGCCUCCAUUGGCCCUCUCCAGCCAGUCCAGACCUCCACUCCUGGGAAGGAGACUGUGGAUUCUGUGGAUUCUGUGGAGUGCGAGGGGAUCUCCCUGUGGCAGACCUACAAUCUAACCAAGGAGGAUCCCCGCAUGACCCUGCAGGAGAGGAGGAGGGCCUCCCUUAUUGCCGCCAGCUCUAUGUCUAGUCCCUCUGACUACGAUACAGCUCCAGAUUUCAUAGAGCCUGCUGACAUAAUCCCCAAAGAUCACCCCAGGGAAAAGGAAGCCAUUAAGUCACAGGACCAGUUAUCCAAUAAGGAGGAUGAAGAACAGAAAGUCACGUCUCAACCACCCAGGCAUUUUAAAGCCAAAGUACCUGAUGCCAUGUUGAGGACUCCAUCCCCCAAACACUAUCAUGCCCACACACCUGCUGCUCUUACAGGCUCUGGCUCGGAGUCAGAUUGUGACGAGGAUAGAAUAGAGACAUUUGAUAUAUACGUGGCCAGAGCUAACUGCAGUCCUCAACAAGGUGGCAACAAGGAGAGCUUUGUGUUGAAGGAGGGUCAGUACGUGGAGGUCUUGGACUCUGUCCACCCGGAGAAGUGGCUGGUCCGCACCAAGCCCUCCAAGACCACCUCCUCACGCCAAGGAUGGGUCUCUCCUGCAUACCUGGAGAAAAAGAGAAAGGAGACAUUCCCACAAAUGAGGACACCACACCAGGAGCUGGAUGUACCAGGGUCUACAGGGGAGAACUACAGGAGAACCCUAAGCCAAUUAAUCCAGGGGCUGAUUGAUGGGGAGCAAGAGUUUGUGAAGGAGAUGAAGGAAUUCAUGUCCCACCACCUGCACCACUUAGACACCAGCCCUCGUGUCCCUAUCAACAUCAUCAACCAGAAAGAAACCAUCUUCCGCAAUAUAAAGGACAUCAUGGCUUUACAUGAGAGAUCUAUUCUGCCCAGUCUGAGUGAGUGUUCUACUGACGAUGACGUGGCCAUGCAUCUGGUCAAACAUGCAGUAGACUUUGAGAAGUAUCUGCAGUACAUGGUGGGCCAAUCACAGGCAGAGGCCUGUGUCACUGACAAGACCAUCCAGCAGUACUUCAAGCAAAACACGGAAACACACCCUGAGCCCCCCGAAACUGCAGUCCUGGAUGUCAUCACCUUCUUACAGAGACCAGUGGAGAGGAUUCAGACCUACCAGGCCUUGCUCAAGGAACUGAUCAAGAACAAGGCUAAGUGUGCAAAAAGCUGUCUUCUACUGGAAGAUGCCUUCUCCAUGGUGUCCUGUCUGCCCUGGCGCUCUGACAACCUACACCAGGUGUCUCUAAUUGAGAACUACCCUGCCCCACUCACUGCACUAGGAGAACCUGUCCGCCAGGGUCCUUUCACUGUGUGGGAGGAGUCUCCCGAGAUCAAGACGUCCUCCAGGGGCCACCAGAGGCAGGUGUUCCUCUUCAAGGACUGUGUCUUGCUGUGUAAGCUCAAGAGAGACCCUGGCAUGAACUCUGACACCUACGCCUUCAAGAACAAGAUGAAGCUGAAUGAUGUCGAGGUGAAGGAGAGGGUGGGGGGAGAGGAGAAGUCCUGGGGGCUGUGGCACGAGCACCGGGGCUCAGUGAGGAGGUACACACUGCAGGGCCGCUCCGCCGUGCUCAAGCUGUCCUGGCUCAAAGACCUGAGAGAGCUGCAGCAACGCUCCAGCCUGACUGCCAGCAGUCCACCAGAGUUUGAAGUUCUCCUGGCUGACUGCACCACAAAGAUCGGGCAGACAAUCAAGCUGGCCUGCAAAGUCACAGGAACACCCAAACCAGUGGUCAGCUGGUUCCAAGAUGGCCUGGCCCUAGAGGAUGGCCCCCACCACAUCAUCACUGCAGACCGGGCAGGCACCUGCUGUCUCAUCAUGGAUGGCGUCACUCCUGAGGACUCUGGACAGUACUUGUGCUACGCUUCCAGCUCUGUGGGCCAUGCUAGCACACUGGCCAAGAUAGUGGUGGAUGCACCCCCCAGAUUCCUUACCAGGCUGCAGAGUGUAUGUCUGCUGGAGGGAGAGGACAUCAAGUUUAGCUGUUCCACACACAGUACUCCUUUACCCCGAGUCAGUUGGUUUAAGGAUGGCAGAGAGCUGACAGACCAGAGGAAGUACCACAUGGAGAGUGAUGCCCGCAGUGGGAUCCUCACGCUCACCAUCAUGAACCCUGGAGAGACAGACCUGGGACAGUAUAAGUGUGAGCUGUGGAACAAGUUGGGCAGUGCCAAGAGUAAAGCAGAGAUGUGCUCCGCCUUUGCACAAGUGAUGGACAGUGAGCCUGACCAACCACAGGCCAUCUUGAUCCAAGACUCUGACUCAGAGGGCUGGUCCACUGCCAUGGUGAAGCAAUGGCUGCAGACAGACUUCCACCCCACCUCUGUUGUCAAAAUGCUCUUCCAGCCUGGAUACCCUCAGCCAGCCGAGGGUAGCCAAGAGGAAAGGGACCCUACCGCCAGAGGACACGUGGAGGCUCCACAGUUCCCCACUGAGCUUGAGGAGAGACCGGAGGUUGAGGAGGAACUUUAUGUUCCUGAGGCCAUAGAGGAAAUGCCAACAGCUCCUCCCUCCAUCCAGGUGCCGGUGGAGGACCUGUGUGUGGAGCCUGGUCAAUCAGCUACCUUCACCAUCAUCAUCACAGGAAGGCCCACCCCCGAGAUUCAGUGGUACAAGGAUGGAGAGGAGCUGUUGGCCACUGAGAACGUGGAGGUGGUCCAGAAUGGUGCCCGCUGCUCUCUGACGGUGCUGUGCCCGGAGAGUGAGGACGGUGGCAUCUACACCUGCUGGGCCUAUAACGACUUAGGACACACCUCCUGUCAGGCUCGGCUGACAGUGGAGGAGGGUCCACUGGAGUCGCAGGAGAGAGAGGUGGAGCUUGGGAAGAGGAGGAAGCUGCUGUCUGUGUAUGACGUCCAUGAGGAGAUUGGGAGAGGCACGUAUGGGGUGGUAAAGCGGGUUACCCACAGGAGGACGGGUGAGGGCUUUGCCGCCAAGUUCCUGCCCCUGAGGAGCAGUACGAGGACCAGGGCGUUCCAAGAGAGGGACCUGCUCUCCCGGCUGGCCCACCCCAGGGUGGCCUGUCUGCUGGACUUCUUCUCUACACGGAGGACCCUGGUCCUGGUCACCGAAGCCUGCUCUUCUCGCGGUCUCCUUGAUCAUUUGCUGUCGAAGGGAUCAGUCAGCGAGAGAGAGGUGCAGAUGUACAUUCAGCAAAUCCUGGAGGGAGUUGGUCAUAUCCACAGCAUGAACAUCCUACAUCUGGACAUCAAACCGGACAAUAUCCUGAUGGUGUUUCCACCCAGAGAGGAGAUCAAGAUCUGUGACUUUGGCUUCUGUCAGGAGAUGGACACUUCCAGACACCAGUACAGCCAGUUUGGCACUCCUGAGUUUGUGGCCCCUGAGAUCAUACAUCAAGACCCCGUCACUAUAGCAAGUGACAUCUGGUCCAUUGGUGUUGUGGCCUAUUUAUGUCUGAUGUGCCGCUGUCCGUUCAUGGGGGAGACGGACCGGGCCACUCUGAUGAGGGUGGGGGAGGGGACACUGAACUGGGACGCACCCGACCUCACCUACAGGAGCACCGGUGCCCAGGGCUUCCUCCGCACGGUCCUGCAGCCAGACCCAGUAAAGCGGCCAACUGCAUUUGAGUGUCUGGGGCACAAAUGGUUCCAGGGUGAACAUGAGGAUGAGACUGAUGAUAUCAAUACAAGGGCUCUGAAAGUCUUCAUCUCAAGGAGAAAAUGGCAGCGUUCUCUGACCUGCCUGGGCUCGGUGCUAAUCCUGAAGCCCAUCCCAGAGCUGCUGGAUGCCCCUCUUCGGGAGACCUCCAUCACAGCCCCCCGGGACCCCCAUGAGCCCAGCAGCACCUCCAUGAGCAGCGGCUCCUCCUCUGAGUACGACGAGGCCGAUGCCUGGGACUUUUUCCACCAUUGCACCACAGCUGACGAGGAUGAAGACGAGGAGGAGGAAGAAUUUGACCCCCUCAUGGAGAGAGCCAGGAUCCCUGAGCCCUUUGACAAACUGAAAUUGGAGGAAGAGGAGGAGGGGACCAUGGAGGAGGAGGAGGAGGAGGAGGAGAUGGGAGGACAGAUGAGAGUGCUGGAGAGGAGCCUAAGCAGGCAGUCUAUAGGGUCCUCGGAUGCGUCACAGCAGCCGACCCCCCAGAGGGAGAGGAGGGUCAGCCGAGAAAGCAGCCCGUCCCUAUACCUCUCCGAGGGGGAUGAUGGCUCCGCGUCCGGGAGUGAAGGAGGCUGCAUCGCCAGGAGCAGCCUGAUCCGCAGCACUUUCUACAACAGCUCCGCGCAGCUCUCGCCCAUGUCCGCUCGCCACAUGACCCUCAGGGACAAGUUCCAGGCCAAGAAGCAGGAGAGGGGCCGCAAGCCACUCCGCAGAAGCCUCUCUAGCCGCCUCAACGAGCCUCUCAUUGAGUAUGUGGAGGACGAAGGCGAGACCAAUCACGGGCAAAGGCGAGGGUCUUUGCAGUCGUCCAUGCUCAAGUCCUGCUCCUUUGACAGCGGGGUCAGCCUCUCGCACAAUGCACCACCACAGAGGAGGAGCAAGUCGUUGGACGAGUACUCCCGACGCUCACCAGGAUCCGCCAAAUGUAGAGAAGAGGAGAGUGCUUUGAAUCUUAAGGAGGAUUUCACUGACAAGGAGGAAGAGAAGAGCUUGGACGUUUCCCCUCUCCAAGUGAGAGGUCGAAGAGGUUCAGUGGCAGUGGCUCCCAAACAGCUUACGGCCAGGCUUCAGGAACUAUGUGCAAAAUCGCCCCAUGCUGGUCCAGAGAAGAGCCUCAGGCCAGAGGAGGAGGUGGGGAACCUGGCUGGCUCUCAGUACUCCCUGGCUGAGUCCCUCAUCCUGGAGCAUGGCUCUGAGGGCUCCAGCAGGCUGGACUCUUGUGAGGAGCUGUCCCACGGCUACCCUGCAGCCACACAAAGAGGGAGAGCAGGGGAUGAGUAUGAUGACCAGGAGGAGCACCUGAUCACAACGUCCCCCUGCUCACUGCUCCAGGGGUCUGAGGCUGUGGAAGCUAAUAAGGAGCCCCAGUGCCGGAGCGGCCAACUUCAGAUCCCACCGAGAAGGACAACCCACCCCAACCAGAACUCAACGGCCAGAAAUAAUGGUAAGGUAGAGAAGACGAUCCUGCCGGUGAAACCCAGCCCCAGCCUGUCCUUCAAGGCCCCAGAGAGACCCUCGAGGGCCAGCGACACAGAGGCACGUCUCCAGAGGCACGUGUCCACCCCGGCCCUCCAGGCCAAACCGCCCUCGGGGAAGUCUCCCAGGAUGUCACCCAAGGUUGGGUUGAUGAAUCUGUUACGUAGGCAGUCCUGGGCGGGGCAUUCCUACUCACAACUGGAGGGCACGGAGCAGGGACCCACGCUAGGGGAAUUGGAGCCCAAAACCCCCACCAUGUCACUCAGGAAAAAGAUGAGGGCAUCAGCCUCUAGCCUCACCAAGCUGUUCACCAAAUCGUCCAGCAAGGAGGACUUAACGAAGGGAGGGCCGAUUGUAAAGGGUUCCUCUCCUGCUCCACCUGAGCAAAAGGCGAGCGCUGGCUUGGAGAGUGCUAAAAAGAAGUCCACAUUAUUUUCAUUUAAAAUACCUAAAAUACCUGCAUUCAAGAAGAACAAAGAGAUGCUCAUCCACCUGACCAGGCCUGAUGUGCACCAGUUGGAGGCAGGUGGAUUUCUGCUUGUAUGGAGACCAGUGCAGUCCAGGGACCAAGUGGUUUACUGUGUUCAGUACAGCACAGACGGUGGAGAGUGGAAGCCACUGUGCGAGGAGGUGACAGACAGUUGCUACGUAGUGAAAGACUUACUCAGAGGAGCAGGAUACGUAUUCAGGGUGGGCUGCAUCACCAAGAAGGGGGCAGGACCUUUCAGCGACCCUUCGCCCCCUGUUGUUAUGGCAACCCAUCCUAAAGAGACCCACAUUCCCCUCAUCCAGACCGAGUACCCAGGAUCAAAGGGCAGUGGGUCAAGAGGUCAACCUAGCCACAAGACCUACAGCUUCCUCGCAGAGAUCAACAGGGGUCGUUUCAGCGUGGUGACCCAGUGUCAGGACAGCCAGAGCCAGCAGCUGUUUGCUGCCAAGAUCACUCCUUACAGGCCAGAAAAUAGAGCUCUGGUGCUCAGGGAGUACCAGCUGCUUAAGAAGCUCAACCACCCCCACCUGGUGCAGCUGCACACGGCCUACAUUACCCCCCACUGCCUGGUGCUCAUCCAGGAGCUGUGUGCUGGCAGAGAGCUGCUCUACAACCUGACAGAGAGAGAUCUUUAUGCUGAACUCCAUGUGGCAGAGCUGCUGGCUCAGAUCCUGGGUGCUGUGGACUACCUGCACAGCCGCCGCGUCGUCCACCUGGACCUCAAGUCGGACAACAUGCUGGUGACGGACCGCAACGUGCUGAAGAUCGUAGACCUGGGCUCUGCUCAGUCUUUCACACCCGGACAGACACUCAACAUAGAGGACAUUCCGGGACAAGAGAAAGAGACUCCAUCGAGCGCCUCUCCACAGACAACGGGCAGAAACAGAAUGGCAGAUGGGGUUUACAUUGUCCUUCCUAAAGCCCCAGAAAUCCUCGACGGACAAGGAGUCGGACCUGAGACCGACAUCUGGGCUAUUGGGGUUUUGGCUUUUAUAAUGUUGAGUGCAGAUAGCCCGUUCCAUUCAGACCUCAACUGGGAGAGGGACAGAAACAUCCGGAAGGGGAAGAUCCAGUUUGGCCGCUGCUACCCUGGUUUGUCAGAGGGAGCAAUCAACUUCAUAAAGAACACACUGAGCAUCAAGGCCUGGGAGAGACCCUCGGCGGCUGAGUGCCUCCAGAACCCGUGGGUACGAGGCGAGCGGGCCCCCUCCAAACACAGAGACUCCAUCUUGUGUUUCUCCACUGACAAGCUGCAGGCUUUCCUCACGGAGAGAGAGGUGAAACGAGACCAGGUCCGCACCAAGCUGCAAGGACCGUUCUUCCAAUAAUUACACUUCUCUCUGUUUAGAGUAGGGCGUGUAAGGACUUACACAUGAACUGGCACUGGAUGACGUCUCUUCAUAGCCCAGAUCCUGAUCACAAAAUAUGUGACGUCUUACAAAUGUUGACCUAAAAUGGAGAGUGGUCAAAUGUGUGCGUAUCAAUGGCUGCCUAGAGUUUUGUUAAAAGUUUGUCUGAAGGACUCGGACUUUGGCUUUGGUUGAAUGACAGCGCCAUGGUAUCAGGGAAAUGUUUCGUUAAAUGCUUCCUGCAAAUACUGUUGCAUGAGUUUGAAAACACGAUGAUAUGCAUCAUCCCUUUGAGUUUGCAGCAUUGGACACUAAACACAUUUGACAUUUACAUUUUAGUCAUUUAGCAGACGCUCUCAUCCAGAGCGACUUACAGUUAGACGUUUGUAAUAACAAAGGCUGUUGCAUCUCGCCAUUCAGACAAUGUUUGUGUUUUUUUGUUGUGAAUCUUAACAAUAUGUUUGCGGGUUCAUUAGCCAAAGGGAAAGAUCAGAGGAGGAGGAUUCAUGUGCCCAAAGCAUAGCAAGGGCCCCUACCAGAAUACGGCUUUGUCUCACAAAAGGAGGAACAUUGAAAUAUUUAUAUAUAAAUAUCGAUAGAUAUUUACACUACUGCAAUGUUUUCAACUGUCUUAUUGUUAUGUAUAAAUGCAGAAACAGAUUAUAUCAACGGAGAAUAAGAUCACGAGUGAACUAAGCAUAUUUUUGAGGAUCCUGUGUUUGAUUUCAUGGCGUAUACCUUGUGACGGGUGACGGAUGUACCUGAAAGGCUAAUUAAACAGUAUGUCAGUGGUAA